GUGGCUCUCUUUGCGCCCCGUGGAGCAACAUAUCCUCUUGCUUCCAGCCACCAUCUGCAAACUCCCGCUCUUUUAACAGGAAAACAUAGAGCAGACGUAGACGACCAUGUUCGUCCAAGAAAAAUCUGCUCCGGCGUCGGAGCCUGUCGCUCAGGACAACUCGCAGUACAGGUCGGGUUUGGAGGAGUACGAGCGAUCAGGCGAGGAUAGACCGCCGUUUUAUCUGACCUACGCCGAGGUGAAGCUGCUGGGCAUCACUGGGGUCGGAUUCUUCUUAGACGCCUAUGACCUCUUUAUCAUCAAUCCCGUAGCAACCAUGCUGCAGUACCGUCUGUACGGCGGUGCGUCCCUGCCCGCGGGGUUGGAAGGCUUCAUCAAGGCAGCAGCUAAUAUCGGUAGUGUGAUCGGUCAAUUCGGUUUUGGCUACGCCGCGGACUAUUUCGGGCGCAAAGCCAUCUACGGCAAAGAGCUCAUGCUCAUCAUCUUCGCCACCAUCCUGACCAUCUGCGUCCCCACCGGCUCCCUCUCCGCGAACGGCUCGCUCAUCUGGCUCGGCGUCUUCCGCAUCAUCCUCGGCAUCGGCAUCGGCGGCGACUACCCCAUGAGCGCGUCGAUCACGACCGACCGCGCCAGGCUGAGGAAGCGCGGCACGCUCCUCGCGUACAUCUUCGCGAACCAGGGGUGGGGCAGCUUCGUCGGCAGCUUGAUGACGAUCGUCGUGCUCGCGUGCUACAAGCACGUCAUGAACGACAAGGACGAGACGUCCAAGGCCGACGGAGUCUGGCGCGUCAUCGUCGGCCUGUCGCUCAUCCCCGCGUUCGGCACGCUCUACCAGCGCCUCACGCUCCCCGAGUCGAAGCGGUUCAUGGCGGCGAAGAACAACGACGCGGAGGACGAGAAGGAGUUCAUGCGCCUCAAGCAGCAGGGCGAUCUCGACCUCUCGCGCGCGCGGCCCUCACAGGAAAAUAGUGCAGACGGCGAAGUCGUAGUGGCCAAGAGCGCGGGCUCGAGCUCGCGCCCGAGCACGUCGAGUAUUGCGGAGGAGAAGCGCGAGCGGGAUGUUGAGCAGGGCGCAGGGGAAGCGAAGGAAGCAAAGGAAAAGCGCGCGGCGGAGAUUGCCAAGGAGAGGCAGGCGCACUGGGCUGAGUUCCGCGCGUACUUUUCCGAGUGGAAGCACCUCCGCAUCCUGCUCGGAACUUGUUCGUGCUGGUUCCUGCUCGACGUCGCGUUUUACGGCGUGAACUUGAACCAGAACGUCGUCCUGCAGCAGAUCGGGUUCGACGGCUCCUCGGGCACGCCCUGGGAGCGGCUGUUCAAGAUCGCCAUCGGGAACAUCAUCGUCACCGCCCUCGGCUUCGUUCCUGGGUACUACGCCACCGUCCUGACCAUCGAGAAGCUCGGACGCAAAUGGAUCCAGGUGCAGGGUUUCCUCAUGGCCGCGCUCUUCCUGGGCAUCCUCGCGGGCAUGUUCCACACGCUGAGCACGCCGGCGUUCAUCGUGUGCUUUGCGCUCCUCCAGUUCUUCUUCAACUUUGGCGCGAACGCGACGACAUAUUGCUACCCCGCGGAGGUCUUCCCGACCAAGUUCCGCGGCGCCGCGCACGGGAUGUCGGCGGCGUGCGGCAAGCUCGGGGCGAUCAUCUCCGCGCUCGCGUUCAACUCGCUGUCGAAGAAGAUCGGGACGGACCACGUUCUGUGGAUAUUCUUCGGGUGCUGUAUCGUCGGUGCCGCGUGCACGUUCCUCCUCCCCGAGGUGCGCGGCCGCGAUCCGGACGUGGUGUACGCGGAGGAGAUGAAGGUCAAGCACGCGAAGGCGAUCUCAUAGUGUCGCCGGCACCGACGCGCGGAUCCUUGCGUGGGGAUCUGACAAGGGGAUUUAUCAUGACAAGGAGGGCAGAUGUAUAAUGUAUAUUAGGAUAGAGGAUGGUAGACUACGAAGGGCACGGUAAUGUGGAUACGAUGGGCCCACGACCGCGCAGCGGAGAGUAUCGGGUGGCG